ACAGUUACAAAAGGGUCUGUCUGCUCAGAACUCAUUCUCGUCCACUCACUCUAAUAAUGGCUUUAACCAUUAUACCCAACGGUGGUGGAGGAGCCACGAUCCUCUCCGGCAAUUCCACCACACACCCCUACACCCGCCUCCCCAUCCGCCGCCACGUCAUCUCCCCCCUCUCCCAUCGGACGACCCUCCACGUAGUCGCCGCCAAGAAGUUCUCCCCCAGAAGCGGCAAGAACCGGAGGACUUCCACCACCACCACCCGAGACCAGUUAGAGCUAGAUCAAGAUCAAGAGCAGAAACGGACGGCCGAGAUUAAAAGGCCGGGCGAUGAUGCGAGAAGCGCGGCCGUUGAUACUGCUGACGACGGGUACUUCUUGCCUAAGCUUCCCGGAGACGAACCAGACUUCUGGGAAGGCGAGCAGUGGGAUGGCCUCGGCUUCUUUGUCGAGUACUUGUGGGCUUUCAGUAUUGUUUUUGCGCUAAUUGCUUGUGGAAUUGCUGUUGCCACUUACAAUGAAGGGGCAACUGAUUUCAAGGACACUCCUGCGUACAAGGAAUCAGUUCAAUCCCAAGAGCUUUUGGAAGAACCUGAAGCAUCGAAUCCCGAUGUCUUUGAGUCCAACCCGACUGAAGUAGCUCCUAGUUUGGAAUAAUCUACACAAGGAACAAAUGACUUUUACACUUCGUGUAUGUGUUAUAGAAUCCUAGUAAAGGAAACAAUUCAAAGAAGGUAUUUUCCUCAAAUUUCCUAUGUGACGUUGCCAAUGUAAUCUUUUGAUGUAUUCAUACCGAGGGUCGUCAAUUUUGCUUCUA